UGAGGUGUCAAAAACAUUCUUGUUUUUUUCACAUCUAAUGAAAAAAUUCAGAUUCGGAAAUAUUCCUCAAAAAAUCAACUGGGGGAUAAGUCGAAUUAUCUCCGUUGACCACUUCACUAUUGAAUUAGAGGAAAAAAAUUGAGAUUUUUUUAUGCCUUUGGGUGACAACAACGAUUUAGCCAAGAUCCGAGUAUUACGCCCGUCCCGUAUUACCUCAAUUUUUUUAAAGAAUAACACAAAUGACGAAACGCGCAAAAAUUGUCUUUUAAGCUAAUUCUAGCGUUUAAACUCUCUACACCCCUUUUUUCUAUAAUAAAAAAAUUAUUUUAAAAAUUCCGAUAAAAACCUAAUUUUUUUGUUCCAAACUUUUUUUUCUCGGAGGUCAACUUCUCCCGAUAUCUAUUUUUUCGAAAUUUGUUCAUAUCCCCUUAUUUCCAUCACGGGUGUUUAAAAACAUCUGAAAAAAUUCAAGCGAGUACUUUUAAUGAGUAUUAAAGCACAGACUUUCUUCAUUUUUUUUUGAGGUCUUAAAAAAAAUUCGUGGCUGGAUUGAAGAAGAAUCCACCAAAUACAAGAAAGACAAGUAAAAUUAUGUACUAAUCGUAUCACUGUUGUUGCUAGUAACGCGAGAUGUGUUUGAUCAAUGAAAAUGAUGUAUAUAACCCGACGUCUCGGUGAAAACUCAAACCCCCGAAAAUAUCAAUUUUAUAAUAUAUUUUGAUUAAAAAAAAAACAAUAGCAAAGAAUAUAAAUAAUGUGUCUGUGUAUUGGUCCCAUUAAAUCUGGCAAAACAAUGUUGAUGAAAAGAUUGCAAGACGGUGAGCUCGAUGAAGCCUCACAAACAGUUCCCACUAAUGGAGUAAAUCUUUUUACCGUACGCAGUAACGAUGGACACUUUGAUAUGGUGGUGAAGGAGAUUGGUGGAAGCAUGGCCCCCAUGUGGAAGAAUUAUUUCAAUAGGAUUAGUAAAAUUAUUUAUGUCGUUGAUGCUAGCAAUUUGUGUCAAAUCAGUGCAGCUGGUGUUUUACUUUACUCAUUACUGGUGGAACCCAAGCUGGAUAAUGUUAAAAUAGCACUCGUGCUGGGGAAGAUGGAUCUGAGUUACAGACAGAUGAGGAAUGAAGCUCUACUGAUGAUCCAUUUUGCGCGGCUCAAGAGAGAAGUUCACCAGAAAAUUACUGUUAUUGAGGCCAGUGGAAUGACUGGACAGGGAGUGGAGACAAUUAGAGAUUGGAUUUUUGAUCCUGAGACUCUCAAAGCUGUUGGAUCCACUGGUAAUGCUGCAGCGGCUGCCAAUGUCGAUGCUGUUUUACCUCAGAAAAAAUAAAAAAAAGCUAGGGUGGAAUAAUUUUUGUAAUUUUUGUUGUCUAUUAUGUUUGAAUUCAAUGGGACAUUUUCUGUGGAGAAUUAAAUUGUCUAGAAAAAGAGGUGACUCUUGACAUUUUUCCCAGCCACUUGUGCACUCAAAAUGAAUGCACAAUUCAGCAAAGCAUUAAGGAAUAAAAAAAGAAGUAAAUUAUAAUUGGAAGAAUGAAUGAUUUUGCAGAGAGCAUUUACAUAAUUGUUUUUAUUUUAUACAGUCCACCUUAAACAGCUAUAAAUCUAAUGUAAUAAUGUAAUGUACUGCCAAAUGAUCAACAUUGUUGCAAAUCGAUAUUCUCAUGCCCAUUCACUGGAAUCAUUUUUUUUUCCAUUAUUACACUGAUAUCCAAUUGUUUGGUUUUUAUUGUUGAGAACACGCCAUUCGCUCCUGUUGUUCCUUGGUACUGUUGUCAAGAAAAUCAGUGUCUAGUGACACAAACAAGUGCACAUUAACAAAAUCUAUUCGGUAAAUUCUUUCUGGGAAGGAUUGAUAAAGUGUUCAGUGUAUCCUUGUGAGGUCUUCGACGACUUUUACGAGAUCAUCCACGGUUGCCUCCUUUUUCAUACCACUACCGUCAUCAAUCUGCAACAGAGUGAAUUCAACUGAAAAUUAAGGGUGCCGAGUGAAUUUGGCGAUGACCUUGAAAAUUAACA